AUGAUAUCCUCACUGCUAUUUCGAAUGUCUAGGGAUCUAGAUAUUCGUUGUGUUUUUUGGAAGGACAUAUUUCCAAACUCGAAGUUUCAGUUUUUUUGCUUGUCACGAUUGACUGCUAAGUUUGGUUCUAACUUCGAUCUGGAAAUAUUAUUAAAUUUUCUUCAGAGCUGUCCAAAAAUAGAAUCUCUCAUCUUGAUGAUAUGGGAUCAACCUAGGGUUUAUAGUGAAGAUAGAGAAGCAAAUGAGAUGUCAUCGACAGUGCCUCCAUGUUUGGUAUCAUCGCUCAAGUUUGUGGAAUUGAUACGUCCGAUCUCAGAGUAUGAAGGAAAAAUGAUAUUAGUUGGGUAUUUUCUGAAGAAUUCAACAAUCCUUGAGAAACUGACGCUAAGGCUUUGUGAUUGCAAUAGCAUAGAGGCAAAUGAUGUCACCCGCAAAGAAAUCCUUGCAAUGCCAAGAUGCUCGACCACUUGCGAAGUCCUGGUUCUUUAA